CGUAGGCUCUGCUCUGUAACAGUUUUUAGCAUCCGGCGGGGAACACUGCACUAGCGACAGAGGACAAACCAGACGAGCAAGCUGUGAAACAUGUCUGUGGACUGGGUGGGAUACGGAUAUGCAGCCCUGGUGGCGUCAGGGGGAGUCAUCGGCUAUGUGAAAGCAGGCAGUGUUCCCUCUCUUGCUGCUGGACUUCUUUUUGGUGGUCUUGCAGGUGUUGGCGCCUAUCAGAUCUCCAAUGACCCCAGUAAUGUUUGGCUGUCUCUUGGUACUGCAGGUGCGCUGACAGGCGUCAUGGGAAAAAGGUUCUAUGGAUCCAGGAAGUUCAUGCCAGCUGGCCUCUUGGCGGGUGCAAGUCUUCUGAUGGUGGGGAAGCUAAGCAUGGCGCUGCUAAACAAACCUCAGCAGUCCGGAUGAUGAUAAUGGUGAUCCAUGCCAGAUUUCUGUUGUAUGUGAAGCUAAUUUUGUAUGAAGAAUGUGAAAUAAAGCACCAAAGUUUAUA